AUGCAGAUGCACAAUUUAGUAAAAGGAAUACCUGUUAUAAGCAAGAUAGAUGAAAUCUGUGAAAACUGCAUGAUUGGAAAGCAAGCAAAAGAGUCAUUUCCUCAAGAAGGAGCAUGGAGAGCCUCAAAAUCACUUGAACUUAUCCAUUCUGAUAUUUGUGGACCCAUGAAGAAAACAGAAAUAGCAACUGAUUGGCUUCUUGGACAAAGAAAUAAAAUACACUGUGAGCGAAAAGCUUAUAGCCUUAUAUGUCAUUUUCAGAAAAUCAGUGAAAGAAAUAAGACUAGUAGUGGAUAUAAGAAGAUGAUGCAAAUUACAGGGAAAAAAAGUUAUGCUCGAGUUUGUGAAGAACUAAAGGAAUCUUUGUCAGGACGUGAACCUAGUCGAAUGGAGUUGUUUGUUGCAUGUUUUUCUAAAGACGGCAUUGCCAAAAAUGUCGAAGCUGCAAAUGCUAUUGAACAAAUGCUAGACCUUAACUUUCAACUUCCCGAAGGCUCACUUGAUGAGCCGGGGCCUAAUGAUGUAUUCUCGAAAGUGAUGGGAAAAGACAAACAUGGCAGCGCUCGCAUGUAUGGGCUAGGUGUUAGAGGUUCAGAUAUAUGGGGUGUCUUGCCAAGUCGCUCUGCCUGUUAUAGGGAGAACACGUUGUGGAAAAGAGCAUAUAAAGAUGUUAGCAAUGAAGUAGCUGAGCUGAAAACUAUGGUAUUAGAGAUGCGAGGGUCAAAYGAAAAUAUUUCUAGUACUUCAAGUGUUCCCAUGACAUCAAUAAAUCGUCAAGCUACCACCGAACUUCAACCUCUAAAGGUUGGGGAUGUUGUUCAUCUUAAGAGCAUCAUAAAUUCCAUGGAAAUUGUGGCAAGAGGACGUGUUAAGAGCUUAGAUCCAGAUGAAUUGGUUGGUGGCGAGGAGAUUGGUCCGAAUUGGUGUGAGGUACAUGUUUUGGUUGCUAUAAGAAGGAGGGAACGUUUGGUUAGGCCAUAUGRAUUGUUUAUUACAAUUGAAGAYGCUAUUGGAGCAACAAUCGCAUGGCCUUGUCCUUUCACURUGGUUGUGCAUGACGGAGAUUGA